AUGAUGUUGUACACAAACAGAAUAAUCGAAGUGUGCAAUCAUAUACGUUGCAUUAUGGAGAUAAUUAAAGUGUAUAAAUUUAUUUGUAUUUUAUUAACAAUAUAUUUUUCAAGUAUGAUAUUGCAUAACCUAAAUUCGCUCGACACAGUAUUGCAUAUUUCUUUAGAUAACCGAAAUGAAUAUAUGCCUAGAACAAAUGGGAGAAAUCUUGCACAAAGAAAUCCUUCAAGAGAAGCAUUAAAACGCACUUAUGAUUGCUCACUUACAAUUGAUGAAAUUUUAAGACUUCUUCACAUAGUACAUGUAGAAUCAAUAGCUGCAGGUGAUAUAAUAACUGCCAUGAUUUUACGUUUGGAUAGAGAAACAGGUCGUGUGAAUGUUGAUGGUUUAGUUAGGGAUAGGCUACGUCGACAUAGAAUAGCAAAUAUGCAGGCUAGAUUAACCGAACUCGUUGAUGAAAUAAUCUCAAUUAGUCCGUUAAAUCAAUAUAUAAUUUUGCAAAAGUUAGAAGCCUAUAAGGAGGAAUUGGACGAAACUGUAGAAAUACUGCAGUUAGUUGCAAGACAACGUACAGAAGAGCAUAUAUAUAGUAUUUUAAAUAAUUUGACGCAUAUAAGAGAAUCACUAAAUCUUCGAUUGUUAACUAAUGAUAUUGCAGAAAAUGAAACUGCAGUAGCCAGAAGGGCACUUCGAAUAAGGAGUAGAGUUUUGGACAUUCUUGAAUUUCAGUAUGAUAUGCCAUCCCAUGCAAAUAGUAACUGA